GUUUCAGUUGAGAAAGCCAAUCUUGGCAAAUCCCGAAUGACUGCUGGCUUGGAGUGCAUUUCAUUCUGGCUAUAAAACAAGGGAGCUCACUGACAUCUUUACAUUGACCACUGAAACAUGGGCCAGCACUCAGUCUUUCCAUUCUUGCUUUUUCUGGCAACACUGGUUUCCAGCAAUUAUGCUGCGAAAGAAGAAGAGUGGAUGGAGUGCUUUCGUGAUCCUGACUAUGAGGAGCUGCUAAAUAUUGCCAGGAAUGGUCUCAACAAGGCCUCCAAGCCAAAGACGGUUGUAAUUGUUGGGGCAGGAAUCAGUGGACUCACGGCUGGCAAAUUACUGAAAGAUGCCGGACAUCAGGUUCAUAUUCUGGAAGCCAGUGACCGUGUGGGUGGUCGGAUAAAGACCUAUCGCGAGAAGGAUUGGUAUGCGGAUGUGGGACCUAUGCGCCUUCCCAAGCACCACAGAAUUGUUCGCGAAUAUCUGAAGAAAUUCAACCUCGCUUUAAACCCGUUUGUUCAGAAUAAUGACAAUGCCUGGUAUUUAUUUAGAAACAGAAGGGAAAAAGUGGCAGACGUGAAAGCAAAUAGUAACCUCUUUGGAUAUGAACUGGAUCCCAAAGAGAAAGGAAAGACGCCCGAUGAACUUUAUUUGGGAACGUUGGAUAGGGUCACAAAAAACUGCACGCUUUUGAAGGCAAAGUAUGAUUCUUAUACUGCCAAGGAAUACUUAAUCAAAGAAGGCAAUCUGAGCAGAGGAGCCGUGGAUAUGAUUGGUACACUCGCAAAUCAAGAGGCUGCGUUCUAUCUUUCAUUUUUUAAUUCUGUAUUCAGUCAUGUAACUUUUUCAGAUGAUAACAGUUUGGAUGAAAUCACCGGUGGGUUUGACAAGCUCCCCAACGCUUUCCUCCAAACACUGCCUGGAAUAAUUCGCCUCAACAACAAAGUAGAGAAGAUUGUCCAUUCGGGCCGAAAAGCCACUGUGUUUUUCCACAAGAAGGGCAGAAGUGCCCUGUCCUGGCUGACCGCUGACUUUGUCCUUGUCACAGCUACGACUAAAGCCACUCGACUCAUUGAAUUCCAGCCUCCCCUUUCAAACACAAAGGCCCAUGGCCUCCGUUCCUUCCAUUAUGCAAGUGCCACCAAAAUUGCCUUGGCUUGCACAGACAGAUUUUGGGAGAGAGACGGGAUUCAAGGUGGAAGGUCAAUGACCGAUCGUCCAUCCCGAUCUAUCUACUAUCCAAGCCACAAUUUUACCAGUGGCCUCGGGGUCGUCCUGGCUUCUUAUACUACCCGGGAGGAUUCAAAUUUCUUCCUUCCCCUCAGUGAGGAAAAGUGUGUUGAUGUGGUGCUGAGUGACUUAUCACAGUUGCACAAUAUUUCCAAGGACUAUCUCAGAUCUGUUUGCAACAAACAUGUGGUUCAGAAAUGGAGCCUGGACGAAUUCUCCAUGGGGGCUUUUGCUGCUCCAGCUUCCUAUGAGUUCAGUCAGUUUUUCAAGGCAUUGGUUCAGAAUGAAGGAAGGGUUUAUUUUGCAGGAGAACAUUUAGCUCAUCCUCAUGCUUGGAUUGAGAGUGGUAUGAAAUCCGCAAUAAGAGCAGCAAGUGCCAUCAAUCUGAGGGCUGCUAAACCUGCCUUGUAGAAGCUGGAAAAAUUAGCCUGUGUCACACCUAUCCAUAAAAAAAUGACAGAAUGGAUAGACUUCCUCUACUUUUAAUGCACUGUGUGUUUGUGGCAGUGGUUAGGAAAGAGAAACAUGGACCAAAUUGUGACGUAGCCAAGCUUUAUUAUAAUACAAUCUUGCAAGUUUAGGUGUCUGAGUAAAUAGGCAUACACAAACAAAGUUCAGCACGUUUUGAUAUCUUCCUUUUUUUGGCCACUCAUUCGUUCCCUCCAUGGAGGGUUACAAUCUUUGGCACUGCUUAAAACAACUCCCUAACUUUCUAAAACAACAAGUCUUUUUUGCUUAUGCCAAAUGCACAGUUUUCUCAAAGUUACAACAAAGCAUACAAGCAUGCACCUAAAAAAGAGAACAUAUUUUUAUCUCUAUCAAAGUUAUAGGAAGGCCAGUAUACACUCGCAGGAUUGGAGCCUCUGGUAGCCUAGGGGAUAAAAGCCUUGUGACUUGAAGGUUAGGUUGCUGACCUGAAGGCUGCCAGGUUCGAAUCCCACCCGGGGAGAGCGCGGAUGAGCUCCCUCUAUCAGCUCCAGCUCCAUGAGGGGACAUGAGAGAAGCCUCCCACAAGGAUGGUAAAACAUCAAAACAUCCGGGCGUCCCCUGGGCAACGUCCUUGCAGACAGCCAAUUCUCUCACUCCAGAAGCAACUCCGGUUGCUCCUGACACACACACAAAAAAAAACCUCGCAGGAUUCAUAAUUCUUUACAAAAUGAACAUUUUACCAUCUCUAAAAAUAGAGAAGGUAACAUUCCUACAAUCUAUAGCAAGGAAAUAUUAGCAUGCAACAUUUCUAUAUCAAACAUCUCCAACCACAUAUUUGUAAAAGCAAUAUUUCUUCUCUCAAUAUUAACCAAGUGCCAUUCCUGUCUCCAUGUUUUUAAAGCUGGAUAGUCAAAGGAUUCCUUUCUGAUUUUUAAUAUUUUAUUAAUGAGUAGGAGCCAUGAUGUUAGAGAAUAUAUACAGCCAUCUCUGUAGUCUCAGGGUUUUCCCUGGCACUAUUGACACUAACAGAGAUUUUAUUUUCAAGAAAUCACCACCAACUUCACAGUGGAUAUACUUACACAUUCCUGACAGAAACUGCAAUUAAAAAAUCAGUGGAAAUAAACAUUAAUAAUAAUCUAUUGUGAUAGUUGAUUGAAGUGAGAAGAAUGGCUAAAUAAAUGCCCCCAAAAGAACAACUAGUAUAUGCAGAAAAAGGUCAAAUUGCUGCUUGCACACUUGGUCCACUUCUUCCAGGCCCAAUUAUGCUAUCUACAAGCCAAGAUGAAUAAACUAAUGUUGUACUUUUGACAUAGACACUAAUGAGAGCUGUAGUUGAACAGAGCUUGCAAAUUUUGCAAUGGUGUGGGGAAGAGUGACUUUUACCGAUAGUGUAUUUAUAUGCAAGAAAGUGACUGGGCAUUGGUUGGCAUCCCUCAGUAUGUUAUCAAACCAUGGCAACCCCUUUCCCAAAGUUUUGUGAACAUUAAAGAGACUGCAAGCAAGAAA